CUACUCUCCUCUCAACCCCUCGACUGUCUUCCCACUAUUUAACCUUUCCAUGCUUUCUCCCAACUUUCUCCCUUCCGUCCAAAUAUCCACCGGACAAACGAAACCUAACCCAAAAGUCCAGAAAUAAAACCGCAAAAGACACAGCAAAGAAAGGGAAGGCUACUUGUACUAAAAAGAGAGAGAGAGAGAGAGAGAGCAGAUCACCACCAAGACGAACCAACCAUGAAGCCCCCCACCACACUCCUCCUCCUCCUGCUCCUCCUCGCCGCCGGCGCUGCCUUCUCCUCCGCCGCCCGCGACCUCGACGCCGAGAUCACCUCCUCGUCCAAGCACCGCGGCGGCCAGCCGGGCCGGGGCGUCCCCGGUUUCGUCCCCGACCCCCCCAGCUUCUUCGGGGCCCCCGGAGGCGGCAAAUUCGGCAUCCCCGACUUCCGCGGGUGGGGCAACUACGGGGGCGGCUACGGAUACGGCUCCGGCGGACCCACUGGAGGCUCCGGAUGGCACGGCGUCGUCCGACCCUCCGUGGUGUGCUCCGAGAAGGGCCCCUGCUAUAAGAAGAAGCUGACGUGCCCGGCCAAGUGCUUCACCUCCUACACUCGCUCCGGCAAGGGCUACGGCGGCGGAGGCGGAGGCGGCGGCUGCACCAUGGACUGCAAGAAGUGCGUCUCCUACUGCUGAUUCCACUAACUUUACCUCCCCGCCCUCUAUGCGGCCGCCCGCUUGGUUUUAUAUCGUACGUCUUUACUAGUUUUACUUUUUUGUGUAAGUGGUUUGUGGUGAUGGUGUGUUAUGGAUGCAUGAUAUGAUAUGUAUGGAAUAUAGUUGAAUAAAGAGAGGGCUGGCUUUAUAUAGUUUGAUGCA